AUGGAGCAUUCCGAACUUGUUCAAGAUAUGACGCUGUUAGAAAAGCUGACAGCACAAGAACGACUGAAACAUGCCAAACGACAACGACAGAUUCAACUGGAAAAUUGGAUGAAACGUGAAAAUGCAUUGGAAAAUCAGUCAACAGUGUCGAAGAUUUCCACGAAUGGAAGUCAAAAGAAAUCUCGAAAGAAGAAGCUUUUAGUUCAAUUUCCCGAAAACAUCGUUAUAUUAGAAGCAACUGCUCGACAAGAUGUCGAUGAAGUUCGAAGUUUACUUCAAUCAAGAAAAUAUUCUCCUAACACAGCCAAUGAAGAUGGUCUCACACCGAUCCAUCAGUGCUCAAUCGAUAAUAGCGAUGCCAUUUUACAACUACUGAUCGAGUAUGGCGGCGAUGUUAAUGCAAAAGAUCGAGAUCUAUGGACUCCGUUACACGCGGCAGCUACUUGUGGACAUAUGCAAAUAUGUAAAAUCCUCAUUGAAAAUGGUGCUGAAUUAAUGGCAUUAAAUGCUGAUGGUAAUAUGCCUUAUGAUAUAUGUGAAGAUGAGCCAACGCUCACUUACAUCGAAACUCAAAUGGAUCGAAUUGGUAUCACACAGGAAAUGAUUGAUAAUGCUCGUGCUCAAGUCGAAAAUCAGAUGUUACGUGAUUUACAAAAAUUAGUGAAAAAAUCUUUAUCAUCGUCGCGUUCAAUUGAUGAUAUCUUGUCCUAUAGAAAUGACGAAGGUGCAACUCCACUUCAUAUUGCAAGUGCAAAUGGUUAUCAAUCUGUAGUAAAAUAUUUACUUGAUCAGCACGUGUCACUUAAUCUUCAAGAUGCAGAUGGAUGGACACCUGUGCAUGCUGCAGCAUUUUGGUGUCUACAGCCAAUCCUCACUCAAUUAAUUGAAGCUGGAGGUGACAUUUAUGAGAAAAUUCCCGAUGGUCGUACCGCAGUUGAUCUAUGCGAAGAUCCUGAGAUGCGCAAUUACAUGAUUGACUCUCAAGAACAGUGUCUACGUAAACAAGAACGAGCAGCAGCUGAAGCAGCGGCUGCAGUCGCCGCAGCUGUUGCUCAAACUGAACAACAACCCCAUACGAGUAAUCUAGUGACCAAUCGUCUGCAAGCUGGUAUUAAUUCAAUUCCAAAUGGUAUUGUUUCUCGAACGGGUACCUUAUACGAAUCACGUUCUAGUAUUUCUUCCCCGUACGGUAGCGGUUCAUCAUUAAAUCGAACUAGUUCAAUUCGUCGAGCAUCACUGCGUAAUAGUGAACGUGCAAAGAAAUUGAACGAGAGUUUUCUUGAUGUUUUACAAGCUCGAGACAAGAUACAAGAGGAUGUAGAUGAACAUAUACCGAACGCUGCGAAUUCCAAUGGAAAUGCACCAUCGAAAACAAGUACAAAAGAAGAUCGUUCCAGUGUGUCGACUUUUGCCAAUGAUACGAUCGUGCGCGACCAGCCAACUAAUAAUUCAACGAAAAGAACGAACAUUCCUUCAGUUCCUGAACUGCCGUUAACACCUGUGAGAGUUCCACCGCCUUUAACAUUACCACAGACUACUGCAGAUACGUUAAGUGAUGUGAAACGACGACGUGAAGAACGACGUCGUAUACUCAACGGUAUUCCAGGCACAUCAUCGAAUGUGUCCCCGGCAGCGAAUAUUACAUCUCCAUCGUUCCUUACUAUUGAUCUGAAAGAUAAAUUCAGUACAAAAGUGACGAAUGGUGAUCGUUUUAUUGUGACAAAAGAGCCCACGGGGAACUAUUCGUCAGAGAAAUUUUUCGAAGUUCAUGGUCAUGUUUUAGAUGAGAAUCAUGAGAAGCGAAUCUGUUGUACAAUUUUGUGA